AUGUCACAACCGUAUUCGCUGGGGUUGGAUGAGUCACGGGGUCGACCAUUGUUGAGUGUAUGCGCCGGUGCUGCUCAUGCAUUAGCCUCAACAGCGCUUCUUGUGCGGCAGCAGAGUCUUGAUGAGCCGUCAGAUCGUGGAACCGGUGAUGCCCACCUAGGCGAUGUUCUCCAGAAAAGGGAGCGAGCGAAGGCUCUUAUUCGCCAAGGAUCGAUGGAGGGAUUUGACAAAAAGAAGAAGACUGAUGAAGGUGAUCAUCGGAAGAAGAUUAAGAACAAUAUGAUCAGCCAUUUGGGUGGACUGCUUGCUGUCGAAGGCAAUGAUGCAAAUGCCCUUCGCGUUGUGCUCAGCAAAAAUGCUUUUGAUGUUAACGCAAAAUUGUCAAAUUGCCUCUACGCCGAGUACAAAACAAAAUGGACCCUCCUUGAUGUCGCCCUCCUGCUCGGCCAUCGUGAAUGCGCAGAGCUGCUGAUCACUAACGGUGCCCAAGAGAACAUCCUCACUCAUUUGGGAACUUAUCAACCCGAGUUUUUGGCCCUCUACUGUCGACUUUCGAUAUUUGUUGAAUAUUUUAUGAUGAUCAGCCAACAUGAGCAACGAAAAAGCAUGCUUGAAAACGACGCUAAAGUCUACCAAAAGCAAUACGAAGUCCUUGCCGGUUUUCAGAAAUCAUUGGAGGAUGUGUGGAAGAAUGCGCGAUGGAUUAGUCGAAUCGCGUCAACGGCUAGGGACAAGAAUAGUACACAUAUGGCCGUGCCGUUGUGUCGCUUGAUGGCACCUCUACAUGCUGGAUCAAGUGAAGAUGUGGCUGAUGUUGGGUAUCAUAGUGAUCAGAGCACCGACAAAACGGAUUGUGGACUGCUUGCUGUCGAAGGCAAUGAUGCAAAUGCCCUUCGCGUUGUGCUCAGCAAAAAUGCUUUUGAUGUUAACGCAAAAUUGUCAAAUUGCCUCUACGCCGAGUACAAAACAAAAUGGACCCUCCUUGAUGUCGCCCUCCUGCUCGGCCAUCGUGAAUGCGCAGAGCUGCUGAUCACUAACGGUGCCCAAGAGAACAUCCUCAUGAACUCCUUUGCCAAACGCAGUGAAGCCGUAAAGGAAGCUGUUGAUAGUACGAAAGGCAGGAUGAGUGCGCUUCGGGCGGGACCACCUUCGAAGGAUACCGACAAGCAACUCAAACUCCUGACAGUCCACUGUGAGCUUCUCCAUAAAAUGGGACACCACGUCGGAGCAGAAGUACUCCCUGGACCCGCCGAGGAUGUCGAGGCGCAAGUAACCGGGCCUUACGAAGUUACCGUAUACUUCCAUGCACCCUCCAACUUUGAGACCGCUAUUGUAAAAUAUAAAGUUGAAUGGUGCGCUUCUCCGGCCUUUGACGGGCAUAUCGACAGCUGGGAAGAGACAAAUAUGACAAAACUGCCUGUCAAGAUUGGAAAUUUAGAAAAAGCGGGGAAUAUUUUUGGGUAUGGCCCGCCCGUUUCAGCGAAUCCAGCUGUUGUGAUGCUUUCAAGUUGGGAAGAUGUGGAGGGUCCAAAAGACGGUCGUCAUGAACACAUGGCUUCAAUAUCAGCCAUCAGCGAUCAAAUUGAUAAACAUAGGAAUUCAUUGGUUUGGCAAAGAGUAUUCCCGAGCAACGAUGCCAAUGGCAAGAAACGACGAACCGGCCUAAAAGAGCUCUUCACAGCAAGCUCUAAAUUUUCUAAAAACUUGCAGAGGGGUUGUUACUUGGCGACUAUUAUUUAUACGGAAGGAAAACUGGCAUGCACUGUAGAUGAUUGUUUACCAAUUAUUGAAGUGGAUGAAAGCAUCACAACUGUGAAUCGAGACGAUUUCCAUUGGUUGAUGAAGCUUUCGGUGUGUUGGGAUCAGCUGCCAGUUUUACUUGAUUAUAACCAAAAUGCCUAUUCAAACACAAAUUCGUUGAACUUCCGAGCCAAACUCAUUGCGGCUGCACAAUCCAUGCACAGUGCGCUUGGGCUAAAAGAUAUCGGCCGGCUCUAUCAGCAACCAAUAGUGCAUGAAAAUUGCAUAUUCUUGGUAACUGUCCGAUUCGUUACGGAUAUGUCUUAUGUCCAAGCAUUAACUCUACGAUGGAUGUCUUUUGAUAAGCUGCUUCGAAAGAAGACGCCCUGUACAGCACUCGAUGCCCUAAACAAAAACAUCGUCACCGUCAUGAAUUUUUUUGAAGCCUGCCAAAUCUCUUUGAAGCGUGGACUUUACCUCGGAUAUUUAAAACUACAAUCGGCGAUAAAUUGCGCCAGAGUGGUCGUCCCUGAUUCGCUACCUACCGUACUACCAUUCGUAAAAGUACGCGACAAUCCACAUGUGACGGAAGAAGAAUGGAAUUGGAUAAAGGCAAUCGAUCAAAACGAAGCCAUCGACCCAAGCGAGUUCCAAAAAACAAUGCACAGCCAAUUAUGCAAUGCAUCCAACGCAUUAUUGCAAGAUCUGGAUGUGGAUCCGGAUUUGGUGCCCGGGCAUCGAUUGUAUCGGGCUGAAGUUUUGCAGCCGCAUGCUGAUGUCUCUAUUAUUUUAUUGCUCCCAAAACCGGAAGAAGUCUGCGCUGCUCCCACGGGCUCUCCAGGGCAUGGUGAAUUUGUCGAAUCCCGACGGGGCUGCUACAGCCUGCCGAUUCCGGUUUUUGAAAUUGCUCAUUUGGGAACUUAUCAACCCGAGUUUUUGGCCCUCUACUGUCGACUUUCGAUAUUUGUUGAAUAUUUUAUGAUGAUCAGCCAACAUGAGCAACGAAAAAGCAUGCUUGAAAACGACGCAAAAGUCUACCAAAAGCAAUACGAAGUCCUUGCCGGUUUCAGUCGAAUCGCGUCAACGGCUAGGGACAAGAAUAGUACACAUAUGGCCGUGCCGUUGUGUCGCUUGAUGGCACCUCUACAUGCUGGAUCAAGUGAAGAUGUGGCUGAUGUUGGGUAUCAUAGUGAUCAGAGCACCGACAAAACGGAUUGUGAUCGACCCGUUGCUCGUGUUCGCCCACAGUCUCAUGCUGGAUCCCCUAGAAUUGGGGCAAAAAUUCUCGAUAUCGAACCACUACAACUUUCCCGAAAUCGCCCAUCAACCAUCCAGCCAGUCACCUCAAGCACCGUUUGUAAAGUGCCGGGCUCCCCAGGCUCUCACUCACUAGACUCGAGAAAGCACAUCCCAUCAAGUUGCCACAUCAAAAUCUUCGCAGCCUAUGACUGUGGCUUGCCGGAAGGGACAUCAGUUCGAUUGUCAAUUUCUCCAAACACGACUAGCAUGGAAGUCGUCUCCUACGUCGUGGAGCAAUUAGCCAAGGCGGCUGCAAAAGUCAAGAGGCUUGAUGACGUGGAUCUGCCGGAUGCGAAUGAUUUUUGUCUUGCAUCGGUUGUGGGGGCGAAAGAAAAACGAUUAAAGGAAGACCACCCAGUUUUACGGCUUCAGCCACCAUGGUCAAAAGGAAAACUGUUCGUGCGGCGGAAGGAUACAAUCCUCGCCGCCAUCUACUACGGAAAUGAAUCCUACGUG